AUGGCAGACUACACCAAUACCGCCAAAAGGUAAGAAAAGAAAAAGACCCAUUGAGUACUUGAAACAGACUGUGUGUAGAGUUACAAAAAUCUGCCCAAGUAUUUUUAGCUAGUUCACUAGAAAUAGUAAGGCUUUCUUACCUAUCACUUUCUCACACAAAGAUAUUUCGUCUGUUGUUCUGUGAUUCCCUCCUCCCUUCCCCAGCCUUGAUUGCAUAUUUAUUUAUUUAAUAAACUUUCUAUACUGCAUGGUUGUAAAAAAUAAUAAUGCAAAACUGUUUACAAAAUAGUCUAAUAGCAGUUUACAUAUAGCAUAAAGCUGUGUAUCCUGUAUCCUGCCUCUGAAUCAAGAUGGUAGAGGGAAGAGAAAGUUUUUAAUCUGCUACUACAUAAACAACCCUGCCUUCUAGCUCUAUUGCUCAUCUUGACAACUACAAUUAUUGCAGAACCAUAGAUCAACUGUAUUAUCACUAUUAUUAUUAUUAAAAUUUAAACACUGCCCUUCAUCCGAAAGUCUCAGGGUGGUUCACAAGCUAAAAAUACAGGACAAAAGCACAAAAUAAAUAGCUAAAACUAAAACAAAACACAAACACAUUUAAAAGGCUGUAAAAUAUUCAUCAGCUAAAGGCUUGGUUGAAGAGGAACAACACCUGACACCUAAAGAUGUAUAAUGAAGGCGCCAGAUGAACCUCCUUGAAGAGAGCAUUCCACAAACAGGAAUUUAAUGAAAGGUGAGUUGGAGCUAGAGUUUUCCCUCCAUGACCAGACCGGCAACUUCCAUUUGCAGAUUCUGAUCCAGGGGAGGUUCGUGCUCUACUAAAUGGAUGCUCCUGCGUGCAGAAGGAGGAAAAGAUCAUUUUUUACCAUUUCCCUACCCUGCAGUCCCAUGCCACCUCUCAACCUGUUAUUGAGGAUCCACCAACCUCCUGGUGCAAAUUUCAGUGGGGGACACUGUGACACAAGAGGCUGCGGGAGGAAGGAGGCAACGCUGAAAAUCUCCUCCUCUCUCUUCUGCCUUUUAGCAGUUAGCAAAAGUCCUCCAGUGGUUAGUCUGAGUCCAACCCAUUUUUUGAAACCAUCUUACUCAGAUUGGUAUAUUAAAUCAGUGGUCUCUAUCAGGAAAUAAAUUGAAGAAAUACUGAUGAAGGCAGAGAGAGACCCUCAAGAACCUACCAGAACACGUUCCUGGUAUCAGGUGAGCAAGAUUAAUGCUCAGCCAGCCGGCAUUUCUUUUCAACUCAAAGGAAAACUGUUCAUAAAAUAAAGGGCAGGGCCAUUGCCUCCUCCAUUGUCUCCCUAGUAUUCAAGAUUUCUAUUAACUCUGAGAGAUCUAGGGUUAAUACCCCCGCAGUUGACAGGCGCUAAGCUGGGGCCUUGCACAGGCUUUAGAUGUAAAAACAAUCAGCCAUCCACCGAUGCCAUUACUCCCCCAGACUAUAGAGUGUGGAGAAAUUCCUGCCAUUCCACAGAGGGUGAGGGGACUGGGAUGGGGUGACCUCCUUUUGUUCAGCUCCAGCUCUGCUCAACCAAGGAAUAGCUUCCAAAUGAUUUGUGAGUUCCAUCUAUGAGUUGCAUUGUAGAGGGCUGAGGAGAGAGACUUGGGAGUGUCAGCAGAUUGCUGAGUUAUGUCUUUUUCAAAGGAAAAUUAUAUAGCACAUACAGGGGGGGUGUGGGGGAGAAGGAGAAACAAGGAGAAAUUGAAGGAGUGGAACCAGAUUUUCAACGGUGUGAUUAGCAUUUCUUUUGAUGCCAUUAUGUUCCCGCACAAUUGUAAUGGGGCCUGUGCGAAACCCAAUUAGAUGAUUAGAAGGAAAGCUAGACGUAUGGAUAAACCUUCAGGCUUGCUUUCAACAUACUGGUAUAUAAAGGAAGGUUCCCGAUUACAGAAUCAAAGAAAGGGCAGCACUGAUAAAGGAUUAAGGAACAUAGACCAUCCCACUGCACAGAGGCAUUCCUGGUAGAUUAACCAUAUAAUAGAAGAAUGAAGUCUAUGAUCAAGUCAAAUUAUACUAUGCAAUAUGCAGAUAGCAGGAAGGACUAAGUGCAGAGGUCUUUAGGUAGGAAGUCAAUUUAGUAAGAGAAACUCAAAUUACUUAAGCAAAGAAGCCGCAUCACAUGGUGUCAAGUAAACCACAUAUUCUUUAGGGGAACAAUUUCUUAGCCAUAGUUUGAAUCUUCUCUAGCCCUCUCUAGAUGACUUGUUUAAUGAACACUCAUCCUCAUUUGCUUACACAAAGCAGACAGAAAGGUUAAAUUAUGUCUGGAUUUCAUUGAGCAUUUGUUUUGAUUUUUUUUGCAGGAUGGUUUUACAACAAUGAACAUUCAUCCUGCAUUAAUCCUGAUUUGCUCAUGAGGUAUUAAGAUAUCAUUCUGUUGGUUAAUUGUUCAUCCCACACUUUUCAAUGCAUUUUCAAUGUACUUUUCUAUGAUUCUAUGAACCAUUUCCCCAUCAUUUCCAAACUUCAAAAAGUCUGGGGAGGUGGUAUGGGGGGUGGUAUGACUGUAUGCUUAGAUUUAAUUGUAUGCUUAAAUUUCGCUAUACAUUUAUGAAAACCAAUCAAAACUAUUUACAAAAAAUAAAAAUUAAAGCUGAUUCUUUUGAAAUUUGGAUAUGUUGUGCUAGGGUGACAGAACCCAUUAAUCCACUUUAACUGUGCAAACCUAACCUUCCAGUGUGCACUUGAAUCCCUCUUGCAAAAUAGUGGCAAUCUGGAGUCAGCCAAGUGGCUAAACCUCUGUUUUAAACAGGCUGUAUUAUAUUAUAUACUGAAACAGUUGCUGCCAUCUGCUGGAAUGUGUAGAAAUUAUGAAGAUUCCCCAAAUUUAUGCUGCAUCGACCAAAAUACAAGUCACAUUACAACUGCAUUUCUUUAAGACAAGAGUAAAAUAGAACCAUGUGUGAAAUGAUGGCAGUCCCUGCUCUAACAGCAACACUUCCAACAUUUAUCUUAAUAUUUGAUGCUUCCAUGUUUAGUACUUGCAACUUAAUAAAGCUUUACAAGCUCCCAUGCAUGCUACAUAAUAUAAUAGGUAAAGGUAAAGGACCCUGGACGGUUAAGUUCAGUCAAAUUUGACUAUGGGGUACUGCACUCAUGGCUGCUUUCAGGCCGAGGAGGCCGGCAUUUGUCCACAGACAGCUUUCCAAGUCAUGUGGACAAUAUAAUAUAUCAGUUGAUAUUAAGCUAUCAGCUUAUGCAAAGAGCUAUGUGGCAGGACCAGCCCUGACCUGGAUAUUGUUAUUCCAGAUCACUAUGGAAGGCACUCUAUGGAGUGGUUGCUCUUUGCCCCACCAUUGAGGCUGAGACAGUCAGAACUAGAACUGGCAAAGCAGGAAGCAAUGCACCAAGCAUAGCUGUCAACCGUCCCUUAUUUGGCGGGAAACUCCCUUAUCCCAGCGCUGUGUCCCACUGCUGUCCCUUAUUGAUGACGUCACUUAAAUUUCCCGGUUUCAUGCUCACCUGGCUCAGGAAGGAAGCAGCGGCUCGGGAUCCUCCGCCGCGCGAGAGAGCGCGUGCACGAGCUGCCGCGUCUCUGUCUCUCCCUUUUCCCCCUCAGGGGUGCGUUGUGAGGAGACGGGUGGCAGCGGGUGGGCAGGCAGCCUCUCUCUUGUGAGACUUCCACCGCGCUGCCAGGGGAAGCCAGAGGUGGCGGCAGCGGCAGCUGAGGAGGUGGCCUGCAGGAGGAGGAAGAGGAGGGGAUGGCGAGGGACACAGAAGGGCAGCGCUUCAACGGCCGCGGUGCCGCAGCAACUGCCUCAUGCCGGGCUCGCGGGCGGCGUGGGUGAGAGUCUCUCUCCCUCCCUCCCUCUCUCUCGGGCAGGGAAGGGCCGAUGGAACUCCUCUCGCCAGGACGACGGCAGCCCCAACGUGCUGCUUAGCAUACCCUCCAACCAGUGCAGCAUCUUAAUGUAGUGAUUUCCCCAUCUGCAUCCCUUUCAUAACUCUAUUUUUAUAAAUCAUUUGUCCAUCCAUAGUUCAAUUUUUUACUAUAAGUUUUCUGUCAAUCCUACCAAUGUAUGUAACUCUUUACAAUAGCUUUUCAACUAAAUUAUAAACUUUCCCCAUUCUUUAUUAAAGAGGUCCUCUUCCUGGUUUCUAAUUCUGCCUGUAAGCUUUGCCAUCAGUUUUGUCUGCCACUCUUCUUUGGUCGGAGUUGUAGACCCUUAGGAUCAUCUAGUCCAACCCCCUACAAAACACAGUCAGUCGCAGCAAAAGCAGCAUGGCUCCAUCAGUGCUGGAUUUCUGUAUAAGCUAAGCCAAAAUCCCUUAUUUUGGAUGCUGAUCCCUUAUUUUCGAGGCUGCUGGUCCCUUCUUUUCAAAUCUGUAAGUUGACAGCUAGGGCAUCAAGCUCCCUUCUCUAAGCUACCAUCAGAAACCAGCAUCCCCCCCCCUUUUUUUUGCUUUAUUUGACAUCCAGCAUGAUUAAGUGUUCUUGUGAACUCAAAAGUUUGCUUGCUAUUUUGUGACAACUUGUUAUCUUAUAACAAGGGGAUUUUUCAAAAUAGAAGUGGCAGUUUAAUCAUUAGCCAUGCAUGCUAAUUUAACCCUUCUCUUCCUCUGCUACGUUUAUUUGGAAGGUUUCUUUCCCAGAAAUGUUUGCUUAUUUAGCAUGCAGAGGAUUGCCAAAAGGCACCCCAGGAGAUGACAUCAUCAUCCCUGCUGUAAAGCAAGUGGAGUCGCUUGCUCCUGCUCCACUACACCACUGAGUGCAACAGAAUGAAUGAAACAACAUGGAAGCAGAUUGAGCAGUCAAGCCAAAGUCAAGGGUAAAGGUAAAGGGUAAAGGGACCCCUGACCAUUAGGUCCAGUCGUGACCGACUCUGGGGUUGUGGCGCUCAUCUCACUUUAUUGGCCAAGGGAGCCGGUGUACAGCUUCCGGGUCAUGUGGCCAGCAUGACUAAGCUGCUUCUGGCGAACCAGAGCAGCACACGGAAACACUGUUUACCUUCCCGCCAGAGCGGUACCUAUUUAUCUACUUGCACUUUGACGUGCUUUCAAACUGCUAGGUUGGCAGGAGCAGGGACCAAGCAACGGGAGCUCACCCCGUUGCGGGGAUUCGAACCGCCGACCUUCUGAUCAGCAAGUCCUAGGCUCUGUGGUUUAACCCACAGCGCCACCCGUGUCCCUCCUAAAGUCAAGGGUAAAGGUAAAGGUACCCCUGCCCGUACGGGCCAGUCGUGUCCGACUCUAGGGUUGUGCGCUCAUCUCACUUAAGAGGCCGGGAGCCAGCGCUGUCCGCAGACACUUCCGGGUCACGUGGCCAGCGUGACGAAGCUGCUCUGGCAAGCCAGCACCAGCACAGCACACGGAAACGCCGUUUACCUUCCCGCUAUAAAGCGGUACCUAUUUAUCUACUUGCACUUAGGGGUGCUUUCGAACUGCCAGGUGGGCAGGAGCUGGGACCAAAAGACGGGAGCUCACCCCGCCGCAGGGAUUCGAACCGCCGACCAUACGAUCGGCAAGUCCUAGGAGCGCCACCCGCGUCCCUAAAGUCAAGGGUAUUUAGGCCUAAAUCAUUGUACUGGGAGCACCUUCUUAAUUCUAUCCCACAGAAAUCAGUUCAGUAUUGUAUGUGCUGAACUUUAGCUUGAUUGUGUCUGUUGGGUUUUUCAGCUAGCAGGAGAUGAAGUCACACUUUUCACUUGGUUGAAUAAGUGUAAAACAGCACUUUUGUUGCAAUAAGGGUAUGCUCUCAAGGGCCUCCACAGUGGAAUUAUCACUUGGAACAGGUGUGCUACAUUCGUGACCUUCUAAUUUUGGUAUUUCAAAAAUAAUUAGAAAGGGUUUGCAAUUAAAACAUUGAGAGCCAGUCAUAAGUCUCCCCAUAGCUGUCAACUUACAGAUUUGAAAAUGAAGGACCAGCAGCCAAAAUAAGGGACCUGCAGCCUCACCUGUUCCAGGCACUCCAGUCUUCCUGUCCUCCUGCAGUCUGGUCAAACUCAUGCUGGUAGCUUGGAGAACACUGUCCAACCAACUUUGUAACCAGAGGUUCAACUGAAUAGAAUCUGAAUCACAUGCACCACAAGGCCUAUGCAGCCUCAACUUAAGAUGGCUCCCCGGCCUGGCUUUGCACUGCAAAGUUUGCAGCAGCAUGUGCAACAAAAUGGCAUCCAGCAUUCAAAAACCCCCUAAGCUUGCAUUAACUAGCCACACACAAGGCAUGCAAGCUCCACCCCCCAGUUGUUCUUAGACUUCUUAUUGGGUGAGCAACACAGCCAAGCAACACAGUUGGAGCCUCCCUCCUCCCUGGCUGGCAGGGAGGGAGGGAGAGGAGCUGCUUCCUUUGAAAUUUAAGGGACAUCAUUUAAGGGACAUUUAAGGGACAUCUAUCAAUAAGGGACAGCAGCGGGACAUGGCGCUGGAAUAAGGGACUGUCCCUUCAAAUAAGGGACACUUGACAGCUAUGAGUCUCCCAUGCUCCCACCAUGCCUGUUACAGCAUUUCCACAAUUUAUCAGAGAGAUGAUUAGGAUUGUUGUUGUUGUUGCUUACAUUAUUGAAUUGAAUAACACUGGUAAUUUCGACCUGGGCAGGUUCUACAUGCAGUUUUUUAAUAUCUUUAACACACACAGCCGAUAAACCUCCAGUGCUUGUAGUCCACCUCAACUCUUUCGCACUACAGUAUUUAUGUCUCACCUAAAACUAGGUGGCGCUGUUGUCCUCCCCUCUGCUAUGCCAAUUCUGCAGCCUCUUUCAGGAGUAUCCCAUUAAUGCUGAGAGAGGGGAGAUAGAUUAUAAUAAGUGGACAUCUAUUCCAACAGCAGUGUGAGAAAAAAUAGAUUAGAUAACUUAUAAUAAUAAAUUCUGAUAGUUAUCUAAUUUCGGGAGAAUAUUACCGUUAACGGAUGUUAAUUUGGGGUAGUGUAUGUCUUCUCAUUUCUGUGACAAUUGGUUCGGUCCUCAGGGAUGCGCGUCAACGGCCAGGCAUGGAACAGCCCAUUUAAGGGGGGGGAAAUAAGGGAGAGUAGUCAAGGUCUACUCAAACCUUGGGAGAGAAAAGUUUCAGUUUCAUCCUGUAGAUGAGAAAAGACACUUUGCUUUACAGGAAGACCUCGGGCUUUUCCUCAUUUGCGCCCUCUCUUGGUUUUGUGGGGCGCGACACCUUGCCCCAUCCCACCCCGCUGCCGGCAGGUGUUUGGUUCCAUCCAGUUUGAAUCUGCCGGAGGAGGAGGAAGGGGCUGUAACACCAACGGGCUCCCUAGAAGCGGCAGCGGCGGCUGUUUGGAGGCGGCCAGAGAACACCGGCCGUGCUGCCCUCUCUCCCUUUGCCACCGCCGCCCGGUCACCUGCCCUGCCUCGUCUUUCCCCUUCACCUCCCCGGGGAAGGUGAGGGAGCGCCCAGCCCUUGGCCGCUCGCCCUUCGCCCCUGACGCUCCUGCGAGCUUGCUUGUCCCCCUCACUCGGCACGCAGACGCCGGGCGGAGACGGAGGGAGACGCCCGCCGCCCGCAUUGCGGCUUCCCUCCCAAUUCCCGCUUAUGAAAAUUUAUAUGGGCCAGCGAAUUAUUAUUAAUAAUAAUAAUAAUAAUAAUUUUAGUGUUUAUGCGCCGCCUUUCUCCCCUGAGAGGGGCUCAAGGCGGCUUACAGAUGAAAUAGGGACAGCUAAAAAUAACCUCUCCUUGUAACUACUGCGAAUAUAAAAUAGUUUUGGGGCACAAGAAGGGCUAGUUAGGGUUAAGGGUUCCCUUUCGUUUAUUGAAUAGCUGAUCUCAACAAAUCUCUCAGCAAACAGCAAGAAGAACACUUCACAGGUCAUUUGGAAGUUUACUGUAUGAUUGAAUCCCACUCUAAAACAGUGGCAGUUUGGAAGUGCUGGUAGAUGCCUUAAAAAAAUCAGAAUGAGACAAACUGCAAGGGUCGGUCUAUUAUGGCUACUUCUAGACAAUUGCUGUUUUGCAGGUGGGAUCCAAUUGCAUACCACAACAAACCUCCCCACAUUGGAAUUUUUUGAGAUAAGGAAACUAUCAGGAAAAUGUGUGUGAAAGUGGGAUAUUUCUUAACAAUGUAACAUCUCUACAUACAAAUCCGAAUGAAUGCUUGGUAAACAAACAAAAGUCAUAUAUGGUAUUCCAUGAACUUUGUGCAAUCAAAUCAGAAGGAAUUAAACAGGUUGUAGGGAAGCAAAGUAUGGCACUCCUUGCAUUUCGUGGCCUUUGGUCCCACUGUUUACAUCCCCCUCCCAUACAUGUGUAUGUACAGCUUUGUAAAAUAGAAUAAAAACUACAGUGGUGCCUCGCAAGACGAAAUUAAUCCGUUCCGCGAGAGUCUUCGUCUAGCGGUUUUUUCGUCUUGCGAAGCAAGCCCAUUGACGGAUUAGCGCUAUUAGCGCUAUUAGCGGUUUAGCGGCUAUUAAAGGCUUAAAGGCUUAGGGGAUUAGCUGCUAAAAGGCUAUUAAAGGCUUAGCAGAUUAGAUAAAGGGGGGGAAAAGCGAAAAAAAAAUCUCAAGACUCGCAAGGUAUUUUCGUCUUGCGAAGCAAGCCCAUAGGGGAAUUCGUCCUGCGAAGCAACUCCAAAACGGAAAACCCUUUCGUCUAGCGGUUUUUCCGUCUUGCGAGGCAUUCGUCUUGCGGGGCACCACUGUAAAGGGAGUGGCAAGUAGGCAAGUAAUGGUGGACUCAACUAUACAGCUGCAAAUAAAACAUUUUAAGUGUGUUGUAAAGUGCAUUAUACAAAUGUGACAUUAGAUGGUGAAGGUGAGAUAUGGCAAAUGCAAUAUAUUUUUGAAAACAUUUUUUAAAAAACAUUUUCACAACAUUUUUUGCAUGUGUCUAGAUUCCACUGGUGAACAAAACUCAGUUUUCCAGGCAGACAUGCUAAAUGCUUUAUUUAUGAAGCUUAUCAGUUGCUUUACAAAAGCAUCUCAAAGCAACUUAAAUGGUACACAUGAAGGAGUGGAGCACAGGGACAGGCUAAAAAGGAGACGGCUACAUAUUUGUGGUACAAAUAAUAAAAUUAACUGCCAAGAUAUAUUGAGUUAAUGGUGACCACUUGUUAUAGGAAGGAGUACAUUUUCAAUAGCCAUUUGCCAAACCUGGGUGCAUUAAAACUGAUAUCUCACAGCAUUUAGAAGUUGAUCUGAUAGUUCAUCUCAACAUUUUGUUACUGCUAUGUUUUCUACUAGGAACAAGAUGCCUAAUCCUAAAACCACCUCAAGUGACAGCAGUGACUCUCAGAACAUAGACUGUAAUCCUAGAAAAGUAAGGGACCAUGAAGACAGCCAUGGCGGAGACAUGCCUAGCCUCUGCCCACCUGACACCCCACCUUGUAUGUCCAGUUACGAUUCCUAGAAAAAAAUAUGUGUCAUUUAUAUUUAGAGCAAAAUUGCCAGCUCAAGAUAAAUUACAGGCAACUCCCCACUUACAUGGUGGUUACAUUCUGGGGCCCCAAGCACAUGAGUGAAAUCACAUAAAGUGGGGAGCACUCUCUAAACACCCUUUAAAUGCUCUCUGCUACUCUUCAUCCAUACCAAAAAUACCGUAUCAAAAAAUACCCACAACUAGAACUGAAGGUCUGGGACCAGCAGGAGGCUGGAGGACGUGUAGGAAAGUGGCUACUGCUGCUCUAGCCUGCACAUCCCUGCUGCGCUUCCAGGCUCUUCAGUGCUUCCUCUGCCCUCAAUAACAUCCUUUUUGGGCUCUGGGGAGGGUCUCCUUGCGAGCCACAAGGACUUUCCAGCUCUCUCCUGCCAUUUCCAGGUAUGAAUUGAAUUAUUUAAUUAUUUCCCAGUGCUGUGCAUAUACAUGUCACACGCAAGUAGAACAUGCAUAAGUGGAGGGAUGCCUGUAUACAAAAGGGGAUUAACAAAGAGUUUGGGGCAAAUGUGAAACAGUGUCUUGUUUAUUUUUCACACAUUCAAAAAAUAAUAUGCUGAAAAAUAAUUUGAAUUUAAAUUGCAAAACAACAAAGCUUAAUAUGUUAUUGUCAUUAUUUUUCACAUUAUUAUCAAGUGAGAUAAUAUAAUUGGGGAAUUGCACUUGUCCUAUCAGACAGUCUUUGGGACUGCUGCUGCUGCAUGCCAGGUUGGCUCUGAAUAAGAUCUCUCUCAUCCAUGAUCUGAUUGUGGAUGAGGAGGCUCAUCUGGUCUGUAUUACUGAGACUUGCGUGGGUGAGCAGGGUAGAGUUGGUCUCACCCAGCUGUGGCCACCUGGGUACCCAGGGCAGCAUCAGAACAGACUUGAGAGUUGAAGAGAGGGAGUUGCUUUAUAUAAAUUUUCUAUCCAGACUGAGUGGGGGUAUUGUUUUUGUUUGUUACCAUGUUAUGUACUUUUUGUGUUUUUAAAUAGUAAAGCACCCUGUGAUCUUCAAAUUAAGGUUGGAAUACAAAUUUAAUAUAUUGGGGAUUUGACAUUUGAACAAGUUGCAUUAUAAUGAGCUGACUCAUUGUUUCAUCUAGCUCAGUACUUGCUGCUCUGACUGGCUUCAGAGUUCUCUGACGCGGGUGUUUCACAGUCAUGCUACAUGAAUUUCUUUUUCAAUGAAGGCACUAGGAAUUGAAUGUGGAAUCUUCUUUAUGCUAAGCUUUGCUCCACUACUAAGCCUUGGUGCUGUCCCAUACUAUUGGUACAUCCAGACAAGUAUUCGUAAGUGGCAGCAACUGUCAAGCAAAUGUAUUUAUGAUAUCCAGUUGGGAAUGGCACAUUCCUUUUUGCAAGUUUCAUGAUUUUGCAAGUGAUGCUGGGGACCCCCCCCCUUUUCUGUUUUUAAGAACAUUCAUAGUAAAUUGGGUGAUUUAAUUCAGGCCUUUCCAACUUAUGAGCUACCAAGUAAUAUAUAGACAACCCUGUUUUUAUAAUUUGCCUAGGACUGCAAAAACAGUAUGUAUCAAAAAUACAUGGUUGAUAUUGCCUUGGUGGGUUACAAAUAGUGCAUGUCUUUUUACAUUGGUCUACUCUAAAAUAAAUAGUUGCAUUUUCCUUUCCUAUAUAAAUAUUCUUUCCCCCUUUGAUGGGUAAACGAAGUGCCGUUCUGUUUUAUUUUUAUGCAGCCAGUCCUCCCCAAAUUCUUUCUGUGUCAGAACUCAUGGAAACAGCCAAUGAAGUCUCGAAAAUGACCAUAGCACAUGAAAUUGUAGUAAACCAUGACUUCAAAUUGCAAGAGGUGAAUUUCUUACCAAACAGGUAGGUUUUCUUUUCCUGGUUAUUUUCCUGGUUUUAUUUUAGUUUCCUGUUAAAUCUAGAAGGAUAUUGUUGGUAAAAGGAUGUGGAUUUGAAAAAUUAAGGAAGAUUAAUUGUGUAAUCUUUUUUAAUUAAAAAAAACUUAUUUAUUGAUUUUUCACAAGCUUUUUAAAAAAUGGUGUAUUGUGUUUGUACAUACACAUUUUCUUACAUGUCUUCCCCAAGGUGAUCUCCGUCCAAGAUGUCCUAUUUAACGCUCAAUUGAGAGUGAGUGAGCGGGUGGCGCUGUGGGUUAAACCACUGAGCCUAGGGCUUGCCGAUCAGAAGGUCGGCGGUUCAAAUCCCCGUGACGGGGUGAGCUCCCGUUGCUCAGUCCCUGCUCCUGCCAACCUAGCAGUUCGAAAGCACGAAGUGCAACUAGAUAAAUAGGUACCUCUCCGGUGGGAAAGUAAACGGCAUUUCUGUGCACUGCUCUGGUUCGCCAGAAGCAGCUUAGUCAUGCUGGCCACAUGACCCAGAAGCUGUACGCCGGCACCCUCGGCCAGUAAAGCGAGAUGAGCGCCACAACCCUAGAGUCAUCCGCGACUGAACUUUAACUGUCAGGGGUCCCUGAUUCAAAAAACAAAUAUCCAAGGCUUCACUAUGGAUCAUUCAUAUCAAAUGUAAGUGGAAAUAUGUUAAUAGCAACUGUUUUUGAUUCACAGUUUGGAAAGCAGAGUGAAAGAGACAUUGCAUAAAGCUUUUUGGGACAUUCUGAGAGAACAGCUCUCCAAAACGCCACCAGACUAUUCCCAUGCUAUCAAGCUACUUCAAGAAAUCAAAGAGGUGAGAUGUUUGUGUAUGUUUGAGACUUCAUUAUUUAUAGCAUACACAGCUUGACCUUUGUGAUAAAUAAAUUGUUACGUUAACAAUAUAUGUGGUCAUAUGUAAAGAAGAAAAAGUGAGAUUUCCAAAACCAGUAAGUAAUGUUGCUUAGGGUUGCCAUAUUUCAAAAAGUAAAAACCAAGACACUAUGAAAGGUAUUGAGCUUUUUAAAGGAAGACCGCCCCACCCCCGGAUGUCAAUUCCACCUUUGAAAUUCUGGUAAUGUCCGGGACAUAUAGCAGCCCUAAUAUUGCUUGAGAAUUUAAGACUUUAAGAUUUAUAGACUGUCAUUUGCCUAUAGUAGGCAAAUAUUUUUCCCGACAUCCCACUUGCUAAUAUUUGUCACACAGUUAUGUGCAAUCAGGCUGACAAACAUGGGUUGGGUUCCCCCCCGCCCUCCAUAUUUUUCUGCCGUGUUAUUCACACUUGCGCCCAUAGCAAAAGUACAGCCAACCAUUCAUAAUUAUUGUCUCUGGUUAGCCAUGUGCAAAAGCAAGGUAGUCUGGAAAAUUGUGAAACCACUCACUAUUCCUACCCAUGCACACUUCAAGCUGUGAUUAGCGAUUAAGCUAUGUAGUUGCUAUAGCUGUGUAACUGUUCCCAAUUGUGUAUGUUCUCAAACUUCAGGUUUGCAAUCAGUUUGAACAUUUGCUUGUAGAAAAACAUUUUUUCUUGUUGCAAGGGACAGGACAAUGGGCUUGGUUUCCAAACUGUAUUCUAUUUUAUUGGACAAUUGCAAGGUUUAAAAUUCUUUUGAUUUUUUACUAUGUAUGCUUCCACCUUAACUUUCCGUUUGAGAUCUAUGUUGUAGAUACUUUUGCACAUUUAUUAUGCUAUUUUUGUGAUAUACACAUGACAUGAGAAAACUUGGUAUACUUAUUUGUAUAACAUCAAUAUAUAUGGACUUGUUCUGUUUUUUACUUUACAGUGGUACCUCUGGUUGUGAACGGGAUCCGUUCCGGAGCCCCAUUUGCAACAUGAGCAGAACACAACCCGCGUGUGCGCGGGUCGCGAUUUGCCACUUCUGCGCAUGCACGUGAUGUCAUUUUGCGUGUCUGUGCAUGCUCAAGCAGCAAAACCUGGAAGUAACCCUUUCCGGUACUUCCGGGUUGCCGCAGGACGCAACCUGAAAACACGCAACCUGAAGCAAACGUAACAAGAGGUAUGGCUGUAUUCGGUUAUAGUCUUAUAGGGUUUUGAACAUAGCAAAUGAAAAUCAAUAAGGUUAUUAAAAAUGGCAACACUUUAUUCUUAUGUAGACCCUACUGUCCUUGCUCCUGCCCCGACAACAUCGUCUGCAAAGUCAGAUUGAAGAAACUCUGGACAUGGAGCUGAUAAAACAGGAAGCUGAGCAUGGUGCUUUAGAUAUCCCCAACCUCACCGCUUACAUCUUAGGUACAAUGGCAAUGCUCUGUGCACCUGUUAGAGAUGAGGAGAUACAGAGACUACGAGUCAUGGCAGACCCAGUUCAUUUGCUCAGGUGGGCACCAUUGGCUUGGACAAAGGUAAUUUUCUAAAAGUAAUAUAUCCUUUACUGAAUUUAUCCUAAAGGAAGAUGCAUCAUUUUGCUACCCUGGGAGUACAACAUCUGUUAUUUGAUCUCCUUGGGAUUUGAUCUUAUAAAUCAGUUUUAUAAAUCACCUAUCAUUUCAUAGCUGUGUGUGUGUGUGGUGGAAAUAAAUAAUUUUAAAUUCAUCAUUUGGCUUUCCUUAAGGGGUAAAUAAAUAUUUAUAUUCAGACCAUUGUCUUCAUCACUGAAACAUGUCAUACAGUAGGUUAGGAUGUAACCCAUAAAGCACAGUUUAUUGUAGUAUACACAAGCAGCAGCAAGCCAGAGACUCACAUAUUCCUUACUUCCCUCUCUUCCUUUGGCACAACUGUAACUGUGUUUCUUGUCUUGUCCAUGAAAGAAAUUUGGUUAGUUUGUUAACAAGCCAGAGUCAUAAACCAACCUGAUCCUGAUUUGUUUGAACAAACUAUAGUUUGCCCCAACCAAAACCCCCACUCCUUUCCCCCAGUGUGGAUAUAAAGAAACUCUAGUUAAUUUAACAGAGAAAGUGAAAACCUACAGUCUCCUCAUUGUCAUGCUUGCUGCUGCUAGUGCACAUAGCACUGAAUUAGCAUUAUAACCAAAAAGACAGAGAAUCACAGAUUACAAAGACCAAAAGGUCAUGCCUUUCAAACCUUUACUGCAAGGUAGAACUAAAUCUAAAUUCUAAGACAAGCUUUUAAUAUGUAAUUGCUCUGUGGCACAGCACUAUGUCUCCUUAGCUAUUGAGUAAUUAAAAAAAAAAAGUCUAAUCAAAUUUUGCUUUGGUAUACCUGGGAAUAGCAUCUUCCUCUUCCUGAGUUGUGCUUCUGUUUAUGCUACACUAUUUCUGUGAUCACCAUAGUAGUCUAAAGAAGCUCAUCCAUCAGUGGUAACAGGUUUGGUUUUUGCUCUUUAGUAUGAUUUCCUAGAUUGGGUAGUUAAAUGUUUACUUUGUCCCUGUUGCCUAUGGUAGAGAGAUCUUCAGAGUUCUGAACCUAAUGAAAAUGGAUAUGGUAAAUUUUACCAUACAAAGCCUUCGACCCCAUCUCCAAGAGCACUCUGUUGAGUAUGAAAGGAAAAAAUUCCAGGAGCUCCUGAAGAAGCUACCAGGUGUGUAUCAAAUAUGAUUGUAAAAUAGUCUCUGGUGCAGACUAGAGCAGAGGGUUAACACAUGCCACAACCACAUCCAAGGCACUUCUUAAACACAGGUACACAUAAGCACAAGAGGAAACGUUUAAGUUUUAAAAUCCCAGUUUAUACCUGAAACUUUUCUGGAAGAUAGAACUUUUCCUCUACUUCUGUUACCACAUAGAUUCUCUGCUGGCCAAAUUAUGAUAUGGAGUUUGAGGGGAUACUGUACGUUUUAAGGUUUCCCCUCUUCUGAGAUGGGUAUCCUCCAUCAAUUUUAAUGGUAAUUAUGACUGGUGUUGCAUUGGUAUUUUCAUUAUGUUUUUAAUUUUGAUUUCAUGAACACUGUUUUGAGAAGAUUCUCUUUUUUAUUUAGCAGUAUAAAAAAUUAUAAAAUAAAUCAUAAAAAACCAGAAUUGUCAGAAGUGGGUUGGCAAACUGUUUUAGUGCUAGUUUUGGUUAGUAAAAAUGUAGGUAAUGUAAUGGUAAUAGUACCUCUCCCAUCACUCGCUUCAGUUUUGGAGAGAAGAGAAUAUUUAUGUGAGAGAAGGUGGAAGGAGAAGCAAGUGAGCCCUGGGGUGCUCCUAAUGAAAACAAAUGUUAUGAAUGUCAUGAAACCUAGCACAAAGUCAUACCUGAAGAUUACUAUAAGUAAAAGGGACAAUAUUUGAUUAACCACCCCCCUUUUUGCAGUUUUAAUUUCCUGUUAGCUUCCAUAAAUGUGCCCUCAUUAAGAACUGUUUUACUCUUAACUUUUCACUAGUUUUUUUUUUUUUUGCACCAUGUUAUUUAAGAAAAAGGCAAAAUGCAAUGAUUAUUUGUUGCCAGUAAGGUGCAAAUAAACACAAGAGAAAGGACCAGCCUACACUUCUUGUUUUUUCCUCCAAACCUCCAUUUCUCUAAUGUUACACUUUAGGUGGCCUUACUUGCACAACUGAGUGGUUGCGCAAGGCAGCAGCUGAAAUAUCAACCUCUGAUCUGCUACCCUCCUCAUCCACCUCUGAGACCAAAGGAUCAUCUGUUCCACCCUCCUCUCCGGCUGCUAGAGAAGUGUUAUCUGUCCAUAGUCCCACAGCUGUGCUAAACCAAGCAUACAUGGACUUGCUGCAUUGGGAGCCUGGAAGAGAAUAUCCUGAGGUAAAAGGCACCUUAUGAGUCAGAAAUAAUAGCCAUGCUAAUUCAUUUUCAGAAACAGGGGUCUUAAGAUAACACUAUAAGGCCACAUUGCGGCACACUAGUUGGCUACGAGUUAGGCAGCAAAACACAGAAAUGCAAUGACCCAUUUUCUGUCUGUUCGUUCCCUGCACAACAACCCACAGCCUUCAGUAGCAGGGAAUGUACCAGCUUAGCUUGGGCAUAUUUCCUUUUACUCCAGUAGCAUAAGAUGCAUCUCAAGUGCUAAAGAAAUCUGCAUAGUAACCCAAUGGUUUAUACUGUUAUUUCUUUGCAGACUAUGUUGAUGGACAAAGCCCGCUUGGAUGCCCUUCAGAUGAAAGUGAAUCAACUAGCCAUUAUUGCUGCAGUCCUACUAGUGAGCAGCAGUACAUGUGGAAGUGGAGUGUUCAGCUCACCAGGAUGUGGAGAUAGGCUAAAACGGGUAAUAAAAGCCCUUCUGGAAGGACUUCCUAACGCAAGGUAAUGUUUUUAUAUUAUUGGUGUUGAAGGCAGGAGAGAUACUUACCCAAGCCUCAUGUAGGCUGCUUGUGGGCACUUAGAAAAUCCAGAGUUAAUCUAAUGCCUCUUCAUGCUAUUUAUGAACCGGUAGUGAGAACCUGUGUCAGUCCUUUUGAUGAAGGUUGUCUCCUAUUCUUAUUCAUGGAGAAAGCACACCCACUUCACUUGAGGCAUAAAUAAAUUGUAUGUUGUAACUAUAAUAUAGCAGAGAGAAAAAGGCAGAGGACUGAACAGGAGUUCAGUAUAAGCCAAACUAGGGGUACAACUGCUCAUAUAGCUUCUCUGUCAAGGAGGGGUAAGAGGAGGUUACUUCAAAAAUAUUGCAGGCUAGUUGUUGCCUACUGCAGGCAAGGUUUGUUUUUUAAGACUUAAUUCUAUAGGAUUACAGCAGGUUAAUCACUUCUCUGCUAUCAUGCAUAUAUAAAGUUCAAUUUCAAAGAGCUGUCAGAUUAACAUGGCCCCAUCUCUGUGUGGCUUAGGUUAGAAGAUGUUUUAAUGGAUAUCAGCAAUCAAAUGCAUGAGGAAGUUAAUAGCAUUCUCCUGCAGUUGGGGUAUCCUGUUCUCAGCACUGACAAGGCUGCUUCACUUAAAGGCCAACUCAUGAGUCUUGCAGAGAAGGACAAUGCAGUACGGAUUCUAAUUGGUGAGUCAUGAGUUUUUGCAUAUUUUUAAUGUAAUAUCACACUUGAGUAUGAAAAGGCAGAGUGUGUAUUGCAUUACCAUAUUUUAACUGCAAUUUUUUGUUAUAGUGCAUUUCAUAUAUUGUUGUGUUUUACCCUGGAAUCAUCUGUGACAAUAUAUACAUUAGUAUCAUAAUAUACUACAUGCCUCCACUGCAUUCUCAUUGUGCCGUCCAGCAGUUAUUCUAGGUAGUACAGGGCUUUUACAGUCUGCCCCAAAGAAGGUGAAAAAACCAAUGGUAGCUCGCUGUGACUUGUUUGCAAAUUAUUUUGAGGAUAAAAUCGCUUGCAUCCACUGGGACCUUAACUGUGGCAAAUGAAAGUUUUCCAGAGCACUGGCUAGUCUUGUUAUGUUGGAUGCCUCACUUAAGACUCGAGGAUGUGCACAAGGUGCUUGGAUCGGUCAGGGUGGCCAGUUGCACUCUGAACCCUUGCCCCUCUUGGCUGAUAAAAACUAGCAGGGGGGACAGUUGACUUAGUCUGGGAGGUGAUAAAUGCCUCCUUGUGAAAGGGGGUGGUCCCUGCCUGCUUGAAGGAAGUAGUGCUACUCCUCAAGAAACCUUCCCCGGAUUUGGAAAAUCUAAUUACUGGCCAAUAUCCCCUUCUUCAGCAGAGUUUUUGAGUGGGUGGUUGCAGGCCAUAUCCAGGCACUUUCAGAGGAAUCGGAUUUUCUAGAUCCAUUUCAAUUGAGGUUUAGGUCCAGUUUUGGCACAGAAACAGCUUUGGUCGCCCUGUAUGAUGAUCUCUGUUAAGUGAAAGACAGGGAAAUGUUGCUUAUCCUUGAGAUGCUAUUGACCUUGGUAUUAUUCUGAAACGGCAGUCUGAGAUAGGGGUGGGUGGCACUGCUUUGCUGUGUUUCUGGUCCUACUUGGUUAGUUGUUUCCAGAGGGUAAUGCUUGUGGAGUGGUCUUCAGCCCCAUGGAGCCUUCACUGUGGGGUUCCUUAGGGUUUGAUUAUAUUCCCCAUGCUGUUUAACAUUUACAUGAAAUUGCUGUGUGGGGUCAUCUGUAGUUUUAGAGUAUGUUGUCAGUAAUGUGCUGACAACACACAGCUCUACUUCUCUACAUCUGCAGGUGUCACUGUGGAUUUCCUGGACUGUUGUCUCAGUAAUGGACUGGAUGAGAGCCAAUAAACUGAUGCUCAAUCCAGAUAAGAUUAAGGCACUAUUAUUGGCUGGUUCCCUAGAUUGGUGGCCUGCUUGAUGGGGUUACUCUCUCUCUCUGAAGGAGUGGGUUCACAGCUUGGAGGUUCUUCUGGAUCCAUUGCUGUUGCUUGAGGCUCAGGCGGCCUUGGUGGUGUGAAGUGCCUUCCAUCAGCUUUGGCUGGUAUCCCAGCUGCUCCCCUAUCUGAACACAGAUAGCCUCUUUUGUAGUCUGUUGCUCCGGUAACCUCUAGGUUAGAUUACUGCAAAGCAUUAUACAUUGGGCUGCCUCUGAAGAUGGUUUGGAAACUUCAGCUGUUGCAGAAUUCGGUGAUCAGGUUGUUCAGCAGGCAGGGCAGUCUGAGCAGUUUAACUCCAAUCCUGACCCGACAGCACUGUCUGCAGGGCUGUCUUAAGCAUAUGCGGCGCCGGGGUGCAAAGAUCUGCCCAGCACCCCCUCAUUGCCCAGUCCCAGGUGCGCAGGAGGGUGGAGGUGGUCAGCCGCCUCAGCAUCUCGCUGGCUCAGUUGCCCCUGAACUCGCGGCGCAGAGCUGCCUGCAGCAGAAGAGCCCGUCGCGGCGCUCCGACCGAUGGAUGGACUCUUCCCCAGACUCAACUCUCGGCCUGGUGCCCCGCACCCCUAGCGCCUAUGGGCAAGACAGCCCUGUCUGCCAAUUGGUUUCCAGGUCCAAUUCGAAGUGCUGGUUUUGAUCUAUAAAAUCUUAAACGGCUCAGGACCACAAUUAUCUCAAAGACCCCUCUCCGCAACCUGACCCCUGCAAUGAUAACCUGAGGCCCUUUUUUGAGUGCCUCCUCCACGAGAGGCCUGGAGGGUGGCAACACAAGAAUGGGCCUUUUCUGUGGUGACUCCGUUUGUGGAACACCAUUCCUUGGGAGGCUUGCCUGGCAUCUUCAUUACUUAUCUUUAGGCACCAGCUGAAAAUGCUUUUUUAUAACCAGGCCUUUGGCUGAUUGAACAUUCUAUGGCCUUUUAAAUGUGUUUGUGGGAGGGGGUUUAAUGGUGUGUUUUUAUUCUUAUGUAUUUUGUGUUCUCAUUUUGUAUUUUUAUGUCGAACAGCCUUGUGAUGUUUGAUUAAGGGUGGUGUACAAAUUUAAUAAAUAAUAAUCAAAUCACAUAGUGGAAUUAAUGAUACACCUCAUGUAAAAUUGCAUACAAGAGGCCAUUUACAUGCCAUUGUGAUUAAAUGAAUACUGCAGUCACAAUGAAUAUCUUAAUUGCAUAUCAACAACAUCUGUAUAAUGAUUUUGUACAACACCACCCACUUGUUUCUAUGAAAAGUUCUAUUCCUGUCCUUUCACCCUUUAUUAUCCUAUCUGCCUUGUGAUUUUUCAGCUAACUAGGGAGCCCUAACAUGAAUAAGUUACAGGAAUCAGGUCUUUUUCUAAAUCUGUUUUAAUUCCUACAGAGCAACGGAUCCAAACUUUUCUUAGGCUUUGUUUGUAUCCUGGUGGCCAGAACGCUAAGAAUCUACCCCAAGGCCUUGCUCCUAUUCAAGAAGACUUACUGGAAGUGGGCCAGAGGUUUGGCGGUUUGAUUCAUCACAACAGACAGGUGUUUGGUCCCUACUACUCAGGGAUACUGAAGAAAUUGCUGUUUCCAAAGGGAAAAUCUGAAGCAGGGACAGAUUCCCAUUAACAAUCUAAAACAAGCAGCACACACAACGGCAGGGAGAAGGGGAGAAAAAACUGGCAAUUGUUCAGACUGUGCUUUGGCUCAAAGUCCACUGCAAUCAAGUGAGCAGCUGUCCUGCUCUGUGCUGUGAUACCUAAAGCACUCAUACAGCUGGACUAUUGAAGCUGUGGGAUACAGUUACAUAAAUACCAACUGACAAUGCCAAGUUUGCCGCAGUAAACCUUUAAACAGCUCAGAAUGUUGUCUUGUGUUUUUAGACUAGCUGGUGCAUUUUCCAUCAAAUGGGAAGGGCAAAACUAGGGACCUGAUCUUGUAGCCAUUAAUGUAGAAGGUAAUUAAUUUCAGUGAAACUAGAUAUACAAGCAUAUUCAGGAUUAAGCCUUGUUAAUAAACAAUACAGACCAGUAUACCACAUCAACCCAUACAGAGAGAUGUUGUGUCUAAUUUUAUUAAUUUAGUCUGCUCUAAGUCAUACAAUUAUGAAAAACAAACAACAAAACGACUGCUGGAAGCCCAGGAAUAUUUACAGUCUCGCCUUGUUGUAGUGAGGUCAGUCUAUGUUGUUGCACAGAUUGGUUAUGUUUGGUACCACAAAAAACUGGACAGAUUUAACAAUUUUUAUAUAC